AGCGCCGCUGGCUGCCGAUAGCCGGGCCCUCAGCUCUGCACGCGCGGGGGGAAGAUGGCGGCUGCGGCCGGUGGGCAGCGGGGGCGGCGCGGCGACGAGCGGCGGCUCUGACCGGGGUCUCCUCGGCGCUACGGAGAGAGCCCGGAGGGCCUCUGCGGGGCGGCUCGGGAGCAGGCGGAGCCCCCCCCCUCCCCCCUGCGCGGGGGUGGCGGCGGAGGGCGGUAGUCCCGGCCGCGAGGAGCCGGUGCUUGGGGUGUGAGGGCGGGAGCCGGCUCUGAGGGGCGAGGUGGGCGGGGGGAGGGCGAGGGGCCGGGCUGAGGAGGGGCCGCUGGGCUGAGGCGUUGAGGGACUGAGGUAUUUGAGGGGCUGAGAGGCAGGCUCCGUGGUGCUGAGGUGCUCGGGCGCUGUCGCUUUGUGGGGCUGAGGCCCAGAGAUCCUGAGGUGUCGAGGCGCUGAGGCCCAGAGGCGUGGAGGCGGCCGGCCGGCGGGCAGCAGGAAGGCUGGCUCGCUGCAGGAGGCGGCUGCGCCGGUGGCUCCCCGCGUUCCUGGCCUUGGGCUGCUGGGCGCCCCACGCCAUGUUCUCGGUGCUGUCCUAUGGCAGGCUGGUGGCCCGGGCAGUGCUGGGCGGCCUCUCUCAGACCGACACCCGUGACUACAGCUUGGUGACGGCCAGCUGUGGCUUUGGCAAAGAUUUCCGCAAGGGGAUCCUCAAGAAAGGCAUGUGCUACGGGGAUGACGCCUGCUUUGUGGCCCGGCACCGCACGGCAGAUGUGCUCGGAGUAGCAGAUGGUGUCGGUGGCUGGAGGGACUAUGGGGUUGACCCUUCUCAGUUCUCAGGGACUCUCAUGCGAACAUGUGAACGUUUAGUAAAAGAAGGACGGUUUGUACCAAGUAAUCCUGUUGGGAUUCUCACUGCAGGUUAUUGCGAGCUGCUGCAGAACAAAGUACCUUUGCUUGGAAGCAGCACAGCUUGCAUAGUAGUUUUGGACAGAACAAGUCAUCGUUUACAUACAGCCAACUUGGGAGAUUCUGGAUUUUUAGUAGUCAGAGGAGGAGAAGUAGUACAUCGAUCUGAUGAACAGCAGCAUUACUUCAACACUCCGUUCCAACUGUCGAUAGCUCCACCAGAAGCAGAAGGGGUUGUCUUAAGUGACAGCCCUGAUGCUGCUGAUAGUACUUCUUUUGAUGUCCAACUCGGAGACAUUAUUUUGACUGCAACAGACGGAUUGUUUGACAACAUGCCUGACUACAUGAUUCUGCAGGAGUUAAAAAAGCUGAAGAAUUCCAACUAUGAGAGCAUACAGCAGACUGCAAGAAGUAUUGCUGAGCAAGCUCACGAGCUGGCGUAUGAUCCCACUUACAUGUCACCCUUUGCACAGUUUGCAUGUGACAAUGGCUUGAACGUGAGAGGGGGGAAACCAGAUGACAUCACCGUCCUUCUUUCUAUCGUAGCUGAGUAUACAGACUGACGUGCCCGCAGUGCCAGCUGCCGAUGUUGUCAUUAUCCCCGAGCUCCCAGCUUCACACGUGUGGUUUCCUGCUGGCAGGAUGGCUUUCUUCCUUUGCAGCUGAUCUCAGCAGCCAGUUUGCGAGCUCAUUGCCUGUCUUGAGACACAACUGAAGUCCUUGUUAAGAACCACUCUCGUAGUGCACUGGUCUCUGUCUGCCAGCAAGAAGUGAAGAAGCAGCUCAAGGCUUGAAGCAUGUCUUUCAGAGCUUAGCAAUUGUCCAUAAAAGGGGGAGGAUCAAUCCCACGUUGUUACUGCAUUUGAAAUGUGACUUACUUUCAGAUGAAUAGAAUUGGUUUAUCAUCUUUCAGACUAGAUUCAAUAGCUAAAACCUCUACAAGAGGGCAUAUUAUUCUAUCUACUAGAAACAUUCACUGUUCGUUAAAGGGUAUGUUACAGAACACAGUUUCCUAAGCGUAGUCUUGUUACAGUGAUAGCUGAGGUUUCGUGUUUCUAAGCUCCGGUUUUCAGGAGGUUUAUAACUGCUGUAAACAUUCUGCUCUUGCCAUACACGGUGUCAGCCUAGGAGCCUUUUCUAGUACGAAAUUUCAAAAACAUACUGUAGGUCAAGUUGUAUGGAUGCAAAUGUGUUUUGUGAUUUCAGGUGCUUAACUGUGAUCUUAAAAAGUUCUGCAGAUCAUUUGUCCACGAUGGGGCUGGUAUCUGGAUGUUUUGGCUGUGGAUAACUAUCUUUUUUUUAAACACAAACUAUAACUGUCUAAAAAACAAACCCGAGAUGGUCGAAGCUGAGGUCCUUCAAAGCAUUUUAACCCAUCUGACCGGCGCAGGGUGAUACGGCGUCAAUGCUGCAGGGGGAGGCUGCACAGAGAGCAGCUCAGCCUCAGCUCCGAGCAUCGUUGCUUUUGGUACAUGAAUCUGUUGUUAACGAAACGUAAUUUGUAUGAAUAUUGCCAUUCUUGCUUGUGUAGAACAGCACGUGCUGCACCGAGUGAAGUCCAGACGAUCCUCGUUUUUUCUGGCUCCCACACACACCUCUUUGCUUAUGCUGUGGCAGCAGCAGUGAGUACAUAAAUGGAAACCAUCAGUGAAUAAUCAGCAAAACGUAACAUUUCAGAAACUAAAGUUUAGGGUUUUCGGAACGAACCUUAAUGAUGUUUACAGUUAUCCAACAGCCACUUUGCAAUAUGACAUUUCCUUUGGAAUCACAGCAGCUCACAAUUGUUCCCCCCGUUCCAGCAAGCUUUCCUUUCUAUUUUGAGGUUCAUACAAAUAGCUGAUAGCUGUAAAGAUAUAUAUAUUUUUGGUCAGUUUUUCAUUAACUUUUUUGCUGGUAGAAGAGUAUGUAGAAAUAAAUUAAAGCCAUGUUUUUAUAUAUAAAAAGUCGGGUAAUGUUGAUGUCUAGGGGAGUGCAGUUAAACUCGGUCAGUAAGCAAUCUUACCUGCUCUCAGGAGGAGAUCUUUACUACCUGGUUUAUUGCAUUAAAACCGUUUAAGUUUGAGGUUACCUCAACUUGUUUAAAGAAUUUUUGUGGACUUGUACUGUAUAUUUGCGUAACUAUGUCAAGCUUUUAUUUAAGAUCAUUUAACAUGUACCAUGUACAUGUCAUUUUGCUCUAUUUCAAUGCAUCGUGCUUGUAACAGGCAUUUCAUUUAUAAUAAGUGAUUCAUUUGGAAGCUCUUCAGUAAUUUAUCUGCUAUUCCUAAAUUGGCAUAAUGUUACGUAUCUAUUUUAAAUCACCUUGUAAUUACUUGUCAAAAUGCCUUAACUGCCCUAACUUGACCAAAAUCUUAUUUUGGUGAGGGUAUGGGGAGGAUUAUGUUGACGAAGACAAAUUAAUUAGUUCUGCGAUACGUGGAGCAGUGAGUGGUGGAUAACUUUGCACAAACUGUCAGUCUUUGUUUUUAAAGUUGAACAAGCUGUAUCCUGGCUGUCUCGUUAGAAGGAAUGUAUUCAUGCUGCAGUAUAGGGCUUUGUUUCUCGUAUUUGGGAGGGGCGUUUCCCUCUCCAAUCUGGGUAUCUUCACAUUUUAUUCUUCAGUAUUGACUGUCGUGUUUCUUCAUUAGAGCUGAUUUGAUCAAUUACUCUUUCCCUUGAACUUACCUUAAAGUGAUGCCCUUGUAGACCCAGACUGUUUUGCACUCUGACUCCUCGCUCUCACUACACUCAUUUCCAGCCUUCUUUCCCCCCCCCCCCCCCCCCCCCCCCUCCCCCCUCCACUUUUUAGACCUAUAAAUUGAGAAAUGUAUGUGGAUCAGACAGAUGAGUACAGCAGAGGUGUGUCCCCGCGUGAGGUGUUGCAUGUGCUGUACUCUGCCUCUGCUGGUCCGGGGCCUGGAGUCCUCCACCGGAGAGAUUCGGCCACCUCCCCAGAAGCGAACUGUGCUGCCUGCUGGGUUUGAGCCUCUGCCUUGCUGUUGGUGUUGAAGCAGUUCGUAGCUGAGCGGUGUCUAUAAAGCCAUCUGCCUCACAUCACAUCCUGAUUUUCUUUUAAUAAAGAACAAAAUCGGAUUUUAAUUUACAAUUCAUGAGUUUACCCCUCACUGGACACACCAAAGACCAGUAAAGCUGAUAGCUUUUCCAUCUGUUUAUAAAGCAAUACUGUAUUAUAAAGAAUCGAUAUUUUUAUCACACGCUUGUUUUUGUUCUGUUUUGUUUUUUUUUUUUUUUUUAAGAUAUGCACUCUAAACAUAUCAAACCUAAUUUCUUCCUAUGAACUUAAGCUGUCUGCGCACAACAAAUUUUUGGAAGAGGAAAUGACAGGGCCCAUACUAUCAAAGUAACUUUAAAUGAUGCAGGAAGCAGUAACGCUUCCGAGGAAUUAGGUUCUUGGGACUGGUCAUGGGACGAGCGUACGAGAGAGGUGUUCCAUGGAAUGGGAACAUGCGGGAAUGGCUUCAGUUCCUGUGAGCUGUCAGGAGCUGGCUGUAGUGGAGCAGGAAUCUGAAGGGAAGGGGCGAUACCUGCACCCUGCGGGGCCGUGCCGUGUAACGGUGCACGCAGGGGUUGGGAUUUCUGCAGCUGUUACUCGGUAUAUGGGUGAAAAAAGGGCUCAGAUGCGGUGAAUUGGAAAAGUCUGUGGUUCCGUGCUACUUCGAUGGCUAUCUUUGGGAGACCUACAACAUAUGGUUUCUGUCUGCACUUUCUCUGUGUUUGUAAAGAAGGUAUGGCUGGGGAGGAAAAAAAAAACAAGAAGAUUUUGGGACCAGACAGGAGUGGGUAAGGGAGAUGGGAGAGGUGAGGUAAAGCACCGUGGGAUGGAAUCUCCAUCUCUCAGCAGUGGACAUCCUUUCUCCGGGGAGAAACCAGCCUGUGUGUGUAGAAGCAGACUGUAUGAAGUAGUUUCUUCCAAAGAUAGCUGAAAUAAUGAAGCAAAUCCGAGUCUGUAUCUAAUGAGGAUGCUUUUUUUUGUUGUUGUUAAAUGAGACUAUCAUCUAUGCUUACCUAAGAGGCGAUUAUGUGAAUUUCAUGUCUGAGGUAUAACUUAUGCAGGAAUAGUUCUGUAAAUACAUUUAAAUGAAUUGUAAAAAUAUUUAAUAAAUAUAGUAUUUAUACUAAAA